AUGCACACACGCACUUUUCUCCCUCACUCACCUUCUCUCCGAGCAGAAAUGACAAGCCUUACAAUCCAUAUUUUCUUCGCAUUUUCUUUCUUCAUGAUAUUGUCUGUUUUUUUUUUCUUUUUUUAUCGAUCAUUUUCUUUCCUAAAGUCCUGUCAUUUUUUUUUUCUUUUUGAGCUUUUGAUUUCUUCCUUUCUUCUUUCCUUCUAUUUUCUCGGGUUUCUUCCACGGUGGGUGAUAUCUUUUUUUGUCUUUUUUUUUCUUUCCUGGGGUCACCAGAAGAGAACCUCUGUAUUUCUAUCACUCGGUACAUCAUCAACACGAUUCUCCCUUGUAUAUUAUUACAGCUUUACUUUAAAUGAUGUCAAGUGUGCUGAUGAUGAAAGAAAUGAUUUAUCUGAUAUCAUUUUUCUUUCUUUCUUUCUUUCUUUCUUUCUUUUCUAUCAAUGUCAAAUAUGCAGAGAGAGACGAAGAAAAUAUCAGCACCCCCCCACACACACCUAA